GCAGAGGGGUAAUAUGAGUCAACUAGAAUGUUAAAAACGUAAAUCUGCAAGCCCUAACUCUUUUCUAAGCGAAUGAUGCGCUAUUGAAACGUUUACUUUCUCUCUCUCUCCUCACCGCCAGGAUUUUGGGGUCUGUAGUCUGAACGUAUACUGAUUAUAGUUCAUCGGCGAUCUUUCAAAGGUCAGUGGUUGAGUUGCAAAUAUGACUGAUGGGUGUGAGAAUCCAUCCAUCUUUAGGAAGCAAAAUGGGCAGUCCUAUUUCCUGUCUCAAGUUUCCCCUAACAUGCAAUUGAGGAAUGGUGGCUUGAAAAACUUUUCUACUGCAUAUGUCAAUGGAGGUCUGCAGAGUUCUCUCAUAUCCCAUCCAUUAAGAGGAGAUGGCAUGGAAUCUGUAUCCCCAUUUUUUAUACAAGCUCCAAAAGAAAAGGGAUUUAGCGGUUUUAUGGUUGAUUUUCUCAUGGGAGGAGUUUCUGCAGCUGUAUCUAAGACAGCUGCUGCUCCAAUAGAGCGUGUUAAACUUCUGAUUCAAAAUCAGGAUGAGAUGAUCAAACAGGGUCGGUUAUCUGAGCCAUACAAAGGAAUUGGUGAUUGUUUUGCCAGAACCAUGAAGGAUGAAGGUGUGGUUGCUCUUUGGAGAGGUAACACUGCCAAUGUCAUUAGAUACUUUCCCACACAGGCUCUUAACUUUGCUUUCAAAGACUACUUCAAGACUUUGUUCAACUUUAAGAAAGACAAAGAUGGGUAUUGGAAAUGGUUUGCUGGGAAUUUAGCAUCUGGUGGUUGUGCUGGUGCCUCGUCCCUUCUUUUUGUAUAUUCCCUGGAUUAUGCUCGAACACGUUUGGCUAAUGAUGCCAAAGCUUCCAAGAAGGGCGGUGAAAGGCAAUUCAAUGGUUUGGUUGAUGUUUACAAGAAAACAAUUCAAUCUGAUGGCAUUGCUGGGCUAUACCGUGGAUUCAACAUUUCAUGUGUGGGAAUCAUAGUCUAUCGUGGGCUUUACUUUGGGAUGUACGAUUCUCUCAAGCCCGUUGUUCUUGUUGGUCAGCUGCAGGAUAGUUUUCUGGCUAGUUUCUUGCUCGGAUGGGGGAUAACAAUCGGGGCUGGGCUGGCGUCAUACCCAAUAGAUACAGUGCGAAGAAGGAUGAUGAUGACAUCGGGAGAAGCAGUUAAGUACAGCAGUUCAUACGAUGCAUUCCAACAGAUUGUGAAGAAGGAAGGAUCUAAAUCUUUGUUUAAAGGAGCUGGAGCUAACAUUUUGCGUGCUGUUGCUGGAGCUGGUGUUUUGGCUGGCUACGAUAAGUUGCAGGUUGUGUUUUUGGGCAAGAAAUACGGAUCUGGUGGAGGCGCCUAAUUAAUUAUCAUUAUCAUUGAUUGUCGAUCAUGAUCACUACUCGAAAUACCUAGAAGAAGAAUUCAAUUGUGAGGUUUCAUGUCUCUUUUUAUAGUUUGCUUGUUUUUUCAAAUAAUUAUACUUAUCUAAACUGUUUUGCCUAUUUUUGUUGGUAAUUAGUAGACAUUUUCUGAUAAGUUCUAAUUUUUAUUUUUAUUUAGAAAACU